AUGCUAACCUUGGGGAUGACGAGGCAUUACCAAAAGAUGCUGUUCAACAAACUCAGGAGGAGCUUCAACAAACUCAGGAGGAGCGAGAGCGUAUUCUUCAAUGGGCAAGAGACAUCGUCAAAAAAUAUCCCUACCAGCCACGGGAAGUGCGACAGGAAGCUGCUCGUGCAAAGCAUCAAUUGA